AUGAUACACCAAAAGCAAAGAGGCUUUCUUGAGCUGUGCCAUAUUCUUACUCCUAGUUACCACUGACAUGGACAUGGCAUUAUCCAAGGAAGUGGUUCGAUGUCACGAUGUGUAAUUCAGAGUGACUCUGGCAUCCUCCGGCACGGCUGAUGGCACGUGCAAAUACAAGAGGGAGUGUCUUAACCAAAGGUAUUUAAACCAGCCACGAAUAACUCUCAAUCUGGUUCAUUCAACCGCCCAUCGCGACAAGUUGAACCAGUUCUCGCAGUUAUUUUCGAGACAUCAUGUUUAAGAAGAUCUUCUUUCUCUCCACCUUCGCCCUCGGGGCAACGGCCUUAAAUGAAACCAUCAAUGGCUACAAAUACUUUUUGAGUGGCCCAAACGUUGAUCUGCCAAAGAGUCAAUAUGAACACGACGCUGCCAAUACUGCCCUUGCCUUGCUCAUGAAGCGCCUAGGCUCCGAGCAUCUUCCCGACCUGCCACCGGACAACGUCACGGCAGUGCUUAAGCUCAAACAGAGUCUUGGCUCUGAGAAGCUUAAGAAACUGUUAGAGCCAGAUAUGGCGGACGCCGACGAGUUCUGGGAGGAAGCAAUCAACAGGUCUCACAACAAUACGUGGGUAUCUGCCGACGCGCGGGGCGUCGCUUUCCUACCUAAUGUGACGUAUGUGCAAUUUGCUACCUGGUACGCGUCUGCGAAUGCGGAUAAGGCCAACCUGGCGGCCGAACCUGAGCACUACGUGAAGGAAACUGUCGUGAACGGAAGCGAACUUUCUUCAAAGAUCCUUGAGGGAUGGGGUGGUGUGACGACGAACUUCACCAUCCCCAACUUCGGCACGCCAGACCGUAACAAGGACCCCUUCCUGCGGCCACUACCAGAGUUUCCCAUCCAGCAAGCCGGCGACAAGGACUUGCGCGACGGGACUAGGUUCGGCGUGCUGCAUAUUUCUGUUCGCCCGGUUAGUGGAAAGGACUACGGGCAAUCGUUUGAUGGCUUCGAGGUGUACUCUACGGUUUGGUACCAGGAUGGAGUUAGCGAUGAUAAUCUCGACCAAGAAAGGAGACACAUGGUGGUUGAAAUUGUUAACCUGACUCUACAAGCUCAGAAAGAUAUCGAAAGUGGCGCGUUUGCGACAUGAAUAGGAAUAUGAGCGGAAAACAUAACAUCUGCGGAAUAGGGGAAGCAAGGCUAUUGCUAUCGUGGACUAUGUUAAUCUUACUUGAGUUAUAAGAUUUUCUUUUCUAUAAAAAAACUGUACGAACAAUGGUGAUAGGUGCCACAAUGAAAAGCUUUGGAGGCGUAGAUACUCCCUGAAGUUGAGCGUUAAAUGGACUGAUACCUGAUAAUGUUAUAGUGGUAAAAAUAACUUAUUAGCAUGACGAUGGUAAAAUAG